UCGCUGUCCGUUUAAUGAAGGGUGACCGCUUAAUAGAUAUAUUAAUUUAUGAGUAAUAACUUGAACUAUUACUUUCAUAGCUACACCAUGAAUCGUCUUCAUGUGAUUCUGUUGCUUGUCUUGUCCUGUGCAUGUUCGACUCAUGGCUGGUCUCUCUGGCCCUUCUCAAGUGACGAGGCAAACGAAGGCGACAGUGAUAAUGGCGCGCAUUUGGUUAGGAGUCCUGUACCUUUUGAAAUGACUGGCGCCGAGGAAAGAUUUUUAGCAGAAGCGAAGAAAUACAUGGGAGACUUGAAACCCCUUGACUCUUGCCAUCAGAUUGUAAUCAACAGAAUCAAAAAAUCCUGUAGUGACAUCAACGAGGAAGAACUCGGUAAACUUGGCGUCCAGCUACUGAACUGUCAAUCAUUAGCAGAAAAUCGGCCAACGUACAAAUGYACCGACGAAAUGGCUCUCGCGCAGUGUACCUCGGGAAUGGACGUAGCCACAUGGAACAGCUACCACAUCAUCAGUAACAGAGCGCGGUCAGUUUGCUAUGCCACCAGGCAGCAACAGUUCCGCCUCAAGACUGAGUACACUGUUAAUAAACUAGGAAAACAAACUGGGCAGACGGAGCUUGCAGAUCUKGCCACGCAGACAGUCGACAAGGUCACCGCUGGACAGGGAAAGCUACUAGAACAGCAGCACAAGCUCCAGUCAUCACACGAAGCUGCUCAACGUGCAAUGUCCAGUGGAUUGAAAAGUAAUAUCGAUGCUUUGACUCAAGAGAAAAGGCUAAUCGAAGAAGGUCGUAAACAUCUGACUGACAUGACAGAGAAGAUUAACAGGAAACUUGAAUCUGCGACAUCAGAGAUGGCCAAACAAGAAGCAGGGCGCAAACAAAGUCACAGUGAGAUUCUUCUCGAUCUGACAGACAUUAAAGGGAAAGCACAAGACGUGUGGAACAAGAUAGAUGAAGGGACUCUCCAGAUGAUGGACUUUCAUCAGAACUCRACAGAGCACUACAAUAACACCUUGGAAAAUCUGAAAAAGAUGAACCAAACUAUUUGCUACUUAUUAGAGGCCAUCGAUUCCAUGCAAUCCAAGCUCGAUAAUCGCAUCACGUGGCUUUCUGAUCAAUUCGGAGGAACURACAACAAGAUUGCCACUUUAGUGACAUGCCURAUGCAUGCUGGCUACUUCUUUGUUGCUACGUUUAGUAUCCUCUUUCUACAAGCACCACUGUUUACAAGGCUGGUUCUUCUCGUGAUGGUCCCAGUGAAUGCCUGGUCUGAGAUCAAACUUGGUUCUAGUUUGUCAUUCUCCGCGCUGUCGAUAUUACUGUUUGUUGUCUUCAUAGGCAAUGGGCUCUAUUUUUACCUUAAACAACGGUUUGGAAACAACAAGCAAAUGAAAAUGAAUUCCUUAGAAUAUGAAUCUCCCUACGCAAUUGGAAGCCCUGGUUCUUACAAGACUACAUGUGAUGGGUCUUCUUGCAGUUUUGAGUCCUUCUCGAGUUCCUUAAACUCGACUAUUCUACCCAAAACACCAAGCCGAUCUCUGAGCGCAGAAGUCAAAAGACAACUUGACAUGUCUUCUAUACCUGAUCUCACGUCUACCCCAAACCGCAGCCUGUCCUCGACUUUAAG